CUGGCCUGCUGCCCUCAGAGCUCUGAUGUCGAGACUGGUAGCAGUGACACUCUGCCUGCUGCCCCUCGCCCUCCAGCUCCCGCCCCUUGAGAGUGCCGCUGGGCAGGGCCUCAGUGAGGACAGGGCUGUUUGGGAUGGAGGAGGGCGUGUUACUCAAGAGGAUGCCUGGGGCCCCGAGUACCGGGAGCUAUGGCAGAACUAUACAACAGAUAAAAGCACAGAACAAUUAUCUUCAUCUGAAAGAAAUGCCACUGUGAAACUUUUCAAGAACUCCAGUCCAGGAACAACCAAGACACACAGCACUGUGACAACUUCUCCAAAGCAGAGCACAAACACCUCAGCAUCCACACAGAGAACCAGCACGAUCACAUCUUCCAAAGGGGACAGUUCAACAACAUCACCACCCACCGAGAGCACCAGCACAGUGUCACCUUCCACAGGGGACAGUGCAACAACAUCACCACCCACCGAGAGCACCAGCACAGUGUCACCUUCCACAGGGGACAGUGCAACAACAUCACCACCCACCGAGAGCACCAGCACAGCUAGCACAUCUUCAGCCACCUACAGUGAUUUCACCCGCUCCGUGACAACUUCUACAGAAACUUCUGCAGAGUCGACCUCUCUGAGUGUCACCACCACACCUGUGUCCACCCUGAGUCCCAGCACGCAGAGCACUGCCUCCCAAACAGCACCCCCUGUCUCCACCAGCAAGACUACGUCCACACAGAGCACCCCCACCUCAACUUCCAGUGCCUCACCAUCUACACCAACCCUGAAAGAAAGCACACUGAAUAGAGCCCAGACCAGGUAA